AUGUUACUCCAACGCCUACAGCCUCCUAUACGAGGCGCCAUAACCUCAAUUACACGCACCUCCUCCGCGUCCGCAGCAGAAACCCAUCUUUGCGAAGCCCUCACAAAUCUCACAUUCAAAAAACCAUCUUCAUCUCCUCUUGCCCCUCUCAUCACCAUUCGUCAUGCAUCUCACGCUGCGCAGGGAGCCGUGAAUAAAGCAAAAGAUGGACCUGGAAAAAGACUGGGUGCUAAGAAAUCCGGCGAACAAUAUGUCAUUCCCGGUAACAUAAUAUUCCGUCAACGAGGUACCCAUUGGUUCCCAGGUGAUAAUUGCGCAAUGGGACGCGAUCAUACAAUUUAUGCUACCCAACCCGGCUAUGUAAAAUACUACAAAGAUCCGGAACGACAUCCCAAACGCCAAUAUAUCGGCGUAGUAUUCAAGCGCGAACAAGUUCUCCCACUACCACGGAAUACUAUUCGACGACGUCGUCUUGGGAUGGAAAUCGCAAAGAUAGUUGAGCCGGAGACUGCUCCUGUGGAAGUAGAGGUUAGUGUGGAGACAGAUGCGAAUACGAGUUCGGAGGUUAAGAAGGAGAAGAAGAAGAAGAAGGAGAGGAAGGGGGAGGAGGGGAGAAAUUUACAGUUGAGACCCGGCUAUAUGUAUCGGGAAGCUAAUUGGGAGAUUGGGCGUGCGGCGGAGAGGGCUCAGGUUAAGGUGCGUUUGUAUAAACCGGGGGAUAGGUGGACGGCGUGGAGGAAGGCAAAUGCGAGGAAGACGAAGAAUGCGGAGAAGAGGGGUUUGUCGGGUAGAAAGAAGAAAUAG